AUUGAGCUAGCCACAAGCAAAUACCAGAAGACAGAGGGAAGAGGUGUUUUUUAAAGCUGAAAGCCACUGGAGAGAGAACGAGCCAGGAUGCCCAUGCUGAGCCUGUCCUGGCUGGGAUUUUGGCCCUCGGGAGCCUCCCCUUGGCUGCUCCUGCUGCUGGCCGGGGCCUCCUGGCUCCUGGCCCGAGUCCUGACCUGGAUCUUCGCCUAUCAUGACAACUGCUUCCGCCUUCGAUGUUUCUCACAGCCCUCCAGACGAAGCUGGUUUUGGGGUCACCUGGGUCUGGUCCAGAACAAUGAGGAGGGGUUGCGACUGUUGGAGGACCUGGGCCACUUCUUCCUUGACAUCCACGUCUGGUGGAUGGGGCCCUUGCACCCCGUUCUGCGCCUCGUCCACCCUAUGUAUAUUGCCCCCGUGCUAAAGGCCCCAGCCAGCGUUGUGCCCAAGGACAUGUUUUUCUAUGGCUUCCUGAAGCCCUGGCUUGGGGAUGGACUCCUGCUGAGUGGUGGUGACAAGUGGAGCCGCCACCGCCACCUGCUGACAUCCGCCUUCCAUUUUGACAUUCUGAAGCCCUAUAUGAAGAUCUUCAACAAGAGCGCGCACAUCAUGCACGCCAAGUGGCGACACCUGGCCUCACAGGGCACUACUCGUCUGGACAUGUUUGAGCACCUCAGUCUCCUGACCCUGGACAGUCUGCAGAAAUGCAUCUUCAGCAUGGACAGCCACUGUCAGGAACGGUCCAGCGAAUAUAUUGCUGCCAUCUUGGAGCUCAGUACUUUGGUGGUUAAACGGCACCUUCAGAUCUCCCGGCACCUGGACUUCCUGUACUACUUCACGUCUGACGGACGGCGCUUCCGCAGGGCCUGCAAGCUGGUGCACGACUUCACAGACACCGUGAUCAAGGAGCGGCGCCAGGCGCUCACUGCCCAGGGUGUUGACAACUUCCUCAAGGCCAAAGCCAAUGCCAAAAGUUUUGACUUCAUUGAUGUGCUCCUGCUGGCCAAGGAUGAAAAAGGGAAUAAGUUGUCAGAUAAGGACAUCCGAGCUGAAGCCGACACCUUCAUGUUUGAGGGUCAUGACUCAACAGCCAGCGGCCUCUCCUGGGUCCUGUACAACCUGGCCAAGCACCCGGAAUACCAGGAGCGCUGCCGGAAGGAGGUGCAAGAGCUCCUGAAGGGCCGUGGGACCGAGGAGAUUGAAUGGGACGACCUGGCCCUGCUGCCCUUCCUGACCAUGUGCAUCAAGGAGAGCCUGCGGCUGCAUCCUCCCGUCACCGUUGUCUCACGGCGCUGUACCCAGGACAUAGAGCUUCCAGACGGCCGGGUCAUCCCCAAAGGGAACAUCUGCUUGAUCAGUAUCUUCGGGACUCAUCACAAUCCAAUAGUGUGGCCUGAGCCUGAGGUGCUGUCCAUGCCCCUCCCCCCACCCCCACCCUGAGACUUGGGGAGGGUGCAGGGCAGAUGCCUGGGGCAGGAGCACAUUCUUUCUGUCUCGAGAAGCCCGGGUGGCAAAGUGGUUCCGAACUGGGCUGUUCACCACAAGGUUAGCACAGUAGCACAGAAGCAGCAGGCCACCUGUGGGAGGAAGACAAAACUCUCUACUCUUGCGAGAGUUCCAAUCUCAGAAACCCACCCGGGCAGCUCCACCCUGGCAUGCAGGGUCCCUCUGAGUCGGAAUCGACCCUCUGGACCCUAGCCACACGUGUGUUGGCUGAGGGGCCUGGCUGUGCUGGAGAGCCCACCUA